AUGACCCUGAACACCGGUUUGAGCGACGAAGACCGCAAGGUGGUGGCCGAGGGCCUGUCGCGGGUGCUGGCCGACACCUACACCCUCUACCUCAAGACCCAGAAUUACCACUGGAACGUCACCGGCCCGCGCUUCAAGGGGCUGCACGAGCUGUUCGAGGAGCAGUACGUCGAGCUGCGCGAGGCGGCGGACGAGAUCGCCGAGCGCAUUCGCGCCCUCGGCCACUUCGCCCCGGGCAGCUACGCCCAGUUCGCCGAGCUGAAGUCGGUCGAGGAGGCGCCGGCGACGCCGCCGAGCGCCGAGGAGAUGCUCGGCCAGCUCGCCGCCGACAACGAGACCCUCUCGCGGGUGGCGCGCAGCGUCGUGACCUCGGCCGAGAACGUCGAGGACGAGGUCACCAUCGACAUGAUGGUUGCGCGCAUGUCGGUGCACGAGAAGGCGGCCUGGAUGCUGCGGGCCCACCUGCAGUAA